GCGCGCAGACAGAUAUCGCUAACAUCAAAACACAUCCCGCACGGAUGCUCUUCACUGACCAGUGACCAACUAAACUAAGCUUAAUCUUUUAGAACUUCUCCACCUUAAACACUACAUCGGAACAACAACUGAACGACAUCAGAGAGGCGCUACACAGACAGUGCGAUGAACCCCAACAAGACUAUUAACCAGAAUGUCAGUCCGCCAGCUCCAAACAGCGGCUCGGGGAGCAGCGUAGAGGAGCUGGUUAUCACCUCCACUUUCGGGACCUUGUUGUCUGUCGUCUACAUAGUCGGCGUGUCGGGGAAUGUGUACACUCUGGUAGUGAUGUGUCAUUCUAUCCGCUUCGCCACCUCCAUGUACAUCUCCAUCAUUAAUCUAGCGCUAGCGGACCUCUUGUACCUCUCCACAAUCCCGUUCGUGGUGUGCACCUACUUCCUCAAGGACUGGUACUUCGGAGAUGUGGGCUGCCGCAUCCUCCUCAGCCUUGACCUGCUCACCAUGCACGCCAGCAUCUUUACCCUCACUGUGAUGUGCACGGAGCGCUACCUGGCUGUCACCAAGCCACUUGACACGGUACGGCGCUCCAAGAGCUAUCGCAAAGCCCUGGCCUGGGGGGUCUGGCUGCUCUCCCUGGUCCUCACCUUACCCAUGAUGGUCAUGGUCACAGAGACCACCAAGAGCGCGCCCAACGGGGCGGUGAAGAGGAUGUGCGCGCCCACCUGGGCACCCCGGGCAUAUAAGAUCUACCUGACCGUUUUGUUUGGCACGAGCAUCAUGGCGCCUGGGUUGAUUAUCGGCUAUUUGUAUACAAAGUUAGCCCGCACUUACUUAGAGUCCCAGAGGAACUCGGUCAUCAACAAAAGGAACAAGCGCUCCCCGAAGCAGAAAGUCUUGGUAAUGAUUUUCACUAUAGUUCUGGUGUUCUGGGCGUGUUUCCUGCCGUUCUGGAUAUGGCAACUGUUUCCUUUGUACCAGCAGAAACCUUUAGGCCUGGCCUCUCACACACACACCUGUAUUAAUUACCUGGUGGCCUGUCUCACCUACAGCAACAGCUGCAUUAACCCCUUCCUAUACACCCUCCUCACCAAGAACUACAGGGAAUACCUGAAGAACAGACACAAGAGUUUCUACCGCUACACCUCAUCUUUUAAGCAGCGCACUCCCAGCUUGUAUUCCUGUGGGAAGUCGGCAUCCUCCUCGAAUCAGUUUGAGUUCAACUCGGAGACGCUGGUGAUGGGGACUCUGCAGGGACAGUGAGCCUGUGCAAAGAGAGAGUGAUUUUGGAACUGCAACAG